UUAAAGCCUACUUGGGAAACUAGCUAUAAGUUACAGUCGGGACUCGUUCCAUUUGCAGAUCUGGGGGUUAGAUUGUUUUCCAGUUUACUAGAUGAUUAAUCAUUACUAUGUGUUAUGUUUUCUGACAGAAGAUGAUAGCUCUAUUUGUUUGUGGUCUUCAAGGCUUGAUCAGUCUCGAUUGAAUUUUGUGAUGUUAGUCUUACGCCAGCUUCAACCUCUUAAAACUAAGCACACGAUCUCUGAAUGUUAUAGUAUGAUUCCCUUGUAGCAGCUUAACCAAGGUCAAACUUAGGCUGCUUUGAGUGUUAGUAUUGCUGUUUAAGCUGCUUAGGAAGUGGUGUUAUAGAGUAAUUGAAGAAACUUGGGAAGUAUGUAGUUCUCUUUGUGGGAAUGGUUAACAGUUUGUUUCAUAGAUAUUGAUGAAAAUUCUUUUUAAUUGUCUGUUCAACGUUUUGUAGAUUUUUUUACAUUUCUUUAAUUUUCUGUUCAGAAUUGCAAGAAGUUGGAUUACCUUAUGUAGAAUAACAUUCGAGGUGCAUCUGUAAAAAUAAAUCUUUGCUGUUGCAGUUGUUGGAAAUCAUGAGUUUUGUUUUCAGAGGUACUAGAGGAGAUAUAGAAACUGGGUUUCCAGGACUUAUUCCUGAACGGCGUGCAGUGCGAGUUCAUGCUGCUCGACCAGUCAAUACCAACUCCUUAGCUUUUCUUGUCACAGUGCUUUUGCUGUUUAUGAUUCUGAACUCGCACCAAAUGUCCCCCAAUUUUCUGCUCUGGCUGGUGCUUGGGGUCUUUCUGAUGGCAACUACGUUAAGGAUGUAUGCAACAUGUCAGCAACUUCAAGCUCAGGCACAAGCUCAUGCUGUUGCAGCUAGUGGUCUUCUUGGCCACACCGAAUUGCGACUUCAUAUGCCACCAUCCAUAGCUCUUGCCACUAGGGGAAGGUUGCAAGGUCUCAGACUCCAGCUUGCACUGCUCGACAGGGAAUUUGACGACUUAGAUUACGAGACUUUGCGAGCACUGGAUGCUGACAAUGUCCCUACAGCCUCUAUGACCGACGAAGAGAUCAAUGCUCUUCCUGUCCACAAGUAUAAGGUUUCCGGCCCUCAGGGUGUGGGUACAUCAGUGCAGCAGGGCUCUUCUUCAGCCUCAGUUGAGAAGAAGCAAGAUCUUCCAAAUCCACAAGUGGGGUUAAAGACCUCUGAUGAUGAUCUGACUUGUAGUGUUUGCUUGGAGCAAGUCAACGCCGGAGAGCUCAUCCGUAGCUUGCCGUGUCUACAUCAGUUCCAUGUCAACUGCAUAGAUCCAUGGCUGCGGCAGCAAGGGACGUGCCCGGUUUGCAAGUAUAGAGCCGGGUCGCAAUGGUCUGAGAUCGCUCAAGGAGAAGCUGAUGCUUCGGACAUGGUUUAAGUUUUAAACAUAUAUAUUUGUUAGCUUAUUUAUACAUACCAGUAUAUGUAUAUUCAUAUGUAUAUGUGCUUCAAUAGGAGUUCAAAAUUGACUAAAUAGCUAUAUAGAUGUAGUGGUGUAACUGUAAACACUAUUGAAUACUACAUUGAAAUACAUAUAUAUUUCGAUUACUUGUCACAAAA